CGUGUCAAAGGUGAAGGAUUAUGCCUGGAAGGACUUUAUUAGCUGGAUUCUAUCAAGUCGUAUGCACAGACUUUGAAAUGGCAUUGACCCCAGGGUUUUGAAUGAGUCUGUGUGGGGAACUGUGGGAGUGAAGUGCAAUGCUUUUUCUCAGCAGUGGGACAGUGGAUACAACCCCGAGGACGACAACUUUUUGCCAGCAGCAGCAGACCAAAACCGUUUACAACCUCUCCGUCAUUUUGAAGGAGUCUGAAAGAGAUGAGCCAGAGUUGGAAGGAAUGGGCCAGGACCCCCACACCCAGGCUGAGCAGCGUCGGCCAAGAGGAGAGAGAAUGAGUGUACCUUUAAUGGAGAACAGCCCCAGAACAGGUAGGGCACGGCAGGAGCCCGACAGGUCGCCCUCCCUGUGCCGUACAGGUGCAGCUGGGAAGGCUGCGUGGUUUCUGGAGCAGACUUGUAGGAAAUAUUCAGCAUUAGACAGAGACGUGGCAAAGACAGCUGCUCAUACAGACGGACAUCAGCACUACAUCCACAGCUCGGGCACACUCCCUGCCCCCAGCGCGAGCUGCAGAGAUCGUGGCUCUGUGGGGGGGCACAGCUCUCUGCCUCGGGCCGUGCUCCGGAGGCCGUGCCAGGGUCAGUGCACUCUGGACAGGAGGACGCUGAGCAUGUAUGGAGAACCAGCCAAGCAGCAACAGGAAACCAAACCACUUGAACCACAGCUGAGGCUGCGGCGGCCCAGGAGUGUGUGUAUGCUGCCUCCAGGACCUUUAGUGCCUGAGGCCCGCCAGCCCUACAGAAGGCAGAGUAGUGCAGAGACUGUGACUUGUCGGACCAGGAGAGCAGAGCUCAGGGCAGUGGAUGGUCUUGGGACAUUUCCAAGACCCCUGGUCCCCCCUGAGGUAACCCCCAGGAUCCGCAACAGGAGCUGGAGGCCACGGCCCGUCAGCAUGACUGUGUUGGAGCUGAGGAAGAAGGGCUCUGAGGAUGACUUGGAUGGCCACAGAGGGGCUGGGAGAGACGGUGUGGGCUUUUUCAAAGGGGGCUUUAGGAGACUAUUUGGUAAAGACAAGAACAAAGACAGGGAAACUGAAGAUAGUGUGAAUAAGUUUGAUCCUCCGAGGAGUGCUCUGGGUUCAUUAAAACGCAGUCUGAGCCUGCGGAUACGGAGGACUCGACCUCGUGAUGUGGAUUCAAAAGACUCUGUGCGGAUUAAAAGUACCACUGAGCAGACAACUGCGCCCUCGCGACCUUUCUCAUACCUCACAGGACGGGCCCUCCCCAUGCCCAACGAGAAGGUGGAUGACAGGACUAUGCAGUACAUCAAAUACCACAGCAUGGGGAAGGUCAAAGUCAUGGAGGUUCCCCUGUGCCCCUCAAAACUCUCAAAACCUGCUCAGGAAGAGCCCAGCUUAUGGCAGCUCAUCGCCAGCCGCUUCAGGAGGAAAGAGCAGACGUACAGUGGCAAAUCUCAAGUGCAGCAUUCCCUAAGUAAAAGCCAGGGCCAGUUUUCCCCGAGCGGCAAUAACGGCCCCCAGCCUGUUGCCAUAGAGACAGACAUCAGCGCCCACAAAGGUCAAGACUCUUUCGUCAACAGCCAAGAGUGGACAUUGAGUCGAUCGGUGCCAGAACUCAAAGUGGGGAUUGUGGGUAAUCUGUCCAGUGGGAAGUCCGCCUUGGUCCACCGGUACUUGACAGGAACGUACGUGCAGGAAGAGUCUCCAGAAGGGGGGCGAUUCAAGAAAGAAAUCGUGGUGGAUGGACAGAGCUAUCUCCUCCUGAUCAGAGAUGAGGGAGGGCCUCCAGAGUUACAGUUCGCUGCCUGGGUGGAUGCGGUGGUGUUCGUGUUCAGCCUGGAGGAUGAGAUCAGCUUUCAGACCGUCUACAAUUACUUUCUCCGCCUGUCGAGCUACAGGAACACGGCCGAGGUCCCCAUGGUGCUGGUCGGGACGCAAGAUGCCAUCAGUGCCGCCAACCCCAGAGUGAUUGAUGAUUCCAGAGCCCGAAAGCUGUCCAACGACCUGAAACGCUGCACCUACUACGAGACGUGCUCCACCUACGGCCUGAAUGUGGAGCGAGUGUUUCAGGACGUGGCUCAGAAGGUGGUGGCCAUGAGGAAAAAGCAGCAGCUCUCCAUUGGCCCAUGUAAAUCCCUCCCCAACUCCCCCAGCCACUCGUCCGUCCCUGCGGCGUCUCUCCCCUCGGUCCACAUCAACCAGGCGUCCAAUGGCGGGGGUGCGUUCAGUGACUACUCCUCCUCCGUCCCCUCCACUCCGAGCAUAAGCCAGAGAGAGAUGCGCAUCGAGACCAUCGCCGCCUCCAACACGCCCACUCCCAUCCGCAAGCAGUCCAAGCGCCGCUCCAACAUUUUCACAAUCCUUUCUUUGCAGUGACUUUUUGGGGCAGAGACGCAGCAGAGGCCUAUACAGCAGCGCGCCCAAGAGAACUUAGGCUAAAACGUCUUAACGGCCGACCACGAGCGAGCCUCCUCUCCAAAUUUACCCCAAAACUCAAACAAAAUAGUCCUCCCAGCCCCAAAUCUGGUCUGAAUCCCCCACUUCCCUGUCUGCCUGCCUUCUCCUUAUGUCCUCUUGUAUUUGCCCAUUUUGCGCUAACCAAAUGUGUGCUCUAACCACUCAGAUUACCACAAUUCUUGUCUUUUACUUGUAGCUUGUGUCUCCUUUUCUUCUCCCACCUUUCUCUCUCUCUUUUCUGUCCUCCUUCUGUUCUUUUUGCCUCGAAGCCCUUUAAACUUCACAUUUCAUUAGGGGCUUGUUUGAAAGUUGAAAAAAACAAAACAAAACUGACGUCGGGCCCAUUUCUCUCUGUGAGGUUUAAAGGGACAGAUCAGUGGGGAUACACAGUGCGAUUGAACCAGAACAAUCUUUUUAACGCGAUUAGCGACUCAUAUUGAUGAUGAGGUUAGCUAAAGGCACUGUCCCAGAUAUUUACCGUCUUAAAAUUGUGAAAAAAAAGUUGGUCCAAAGUUACUCCUCACUGACCUUAUCCGUUCAGAACAUCCACGUAUUCACCAUGAUGAGUUUAUAAGCAUUUUUCCAUCAUGGUAAAGCUAACAACUAGCAUGCUAACACGCACUUCCUUACUUUCAUUUAUCUGCUCACCCGCAAAAGCUACCGUAUUUAGUAGAGUCGCGCUGGAGUAUAAGUCGCACCAGCCAAAAAUGCAUAAUAAUGAAGAAAAAAAAAAACAUAUUUCACGUGUAAAUCGCAUCUGAGUAUAAGUCACACCCCCGGCCAAAUUAUGAAAAAAAGUGCAACUUAAAUUCCAGAAAAUACGUUAUAUCGAACUGUAGAUGGAAAGAGCUAAUGUUUUCACCUGUACUAACUUUCUAAAUUUGUAUUUCUCUGUGUACUCUGCCAGUCAAAAGUUUGGACAUGUUUGGACAGGAAGUGUGUUAGCAUGCUAGUCUCAUUUUUUAUUUUAAUUUUUUUUUAAUUUUACUACUUUCUACAUGUUAUACACACAGAGAAGAAAUCAGAUAUAUGAAGUAAGAUAAAUGGAAUUUUGUAGUAAGGAAAAAAUCCUCAAAGUCUCCUCCCUUUGCUUUGUCGAAAUAUAUUCAGUAGUUAUUUCACUUUUUCUUUACUCCAUAUGUCCGUAUAUCUUAUUAAAUAUAUCUGAUGUCCUCUUUGUGUAUCUAAAAUGUAGAAAGUAGUAAAAAAUAAAAACAGUGAAUGGAGGGUGGCUGGCCAUGGAUAUGAAACUUAGGUUAUAUCCAUGUUCUUUUAUCUGCAGUAAGUCGUCCUCAUCACAAACAGUUAAAUAAAACAAUACAAAAAUGUCACAAUUUUAUCUUACUUUAUAUGUUGGAUGGCUUCUUUGUGUGUAUAUAUAAUGUAGAAAGUAUUAACAAUAAAAAAAUCAAUGGAUGAGCGGGCGUGUCCAAAAGUUUGAUUCUGGCGGUUCUGCGGGUUUCAUUCUUGCUCUGACUCAAAACUUGUUCCAUUGGCCUUUAAAAUGUCUUCAUAACUUCAUAAACUUGGUUCAAAGUGUUGAAACUCUGCCUCCUCCAAACUUUGGCUCGUCAGAUUUGUCCAAACGCAGAGGCGUGUUCAUCUGCUGCCAAAGCCGACACAUUGAUAAAAGCACAUUACUUCUGAUUUACUAUUCAACUAUUUCACUUGUUUUAUGUUUCACUCUAGCUCCACCUACUGGUUUAGCAAUGUCACUACUGCGUCCGUAUCAAAACAAAUAUGGCAGCUUAUGAUGAAAAAAUAAAGGAAAAAAAUCGCACUGGAGCUGAAAAACAUGUCAAAUCUAUGCAGAGUCAAUGAGCGAAGCCUAAACUCUGUGAAUCUGAGGUGAGAGAAACGUGAAUUUAUCUGUAAAUCAUAGUUGACCAAUGAGCUCCUUCGACUCAUAUUUGUCACUGAAAUAAACAGAUCUUAUUGGACGAUCACGUUUGGUUCUGGCUUGAGACGCAGCAGAGGACGAGGGGAAAGGCCUGUCACAAUAUUUGCAAGAUUCAGUUCAGUAUUUGAAAGAUGGAACUAUAUUUUUUAUUGUCAGUAUUUAUCGUAUUGAUUUUUCUUUGCAAGACUGGGAACGUUUUUGUUAUUUUCACUUUAUAUGGUCAGAUUUAAGCCUUAAAAGUUUAAAUUCAUAACUUGUCUGACUCAUUACAGACUCAAACUAUCGCCUGAAGUGUUUCAUUCUGUUAUUUAUUUCUUGCAGCUCAUGAUUUUUAACAAUAUUGUAGAUUUAUAAUAGUUUUUGUGUUUAAAUUUGCUCUUGGGUUUUUGUGUCAGUGGCAGAAAUGAGUUUCAAUAUUAUCAUUUAACGUUUAUAUUCACUUUAGUGAUAGAUUAAACUUCAGAAUGUGUUAUUGUGACAGGCCUACGUGAGGACCAGACUGACAUCAAUCUGUUUAAAAAAAAAAGUCUGGAUUCACCAGGCUACCUAUCUAUGCAAAAACUACAUUUAAAUAGAUUCGUCUUGCCCAACUAACUGAGCCAAAACUAAAACGUACUUAACAGCUGUGUGUCCCUAGUGACGAGGCGAGGCUGCUUCCUGUCCUCCCUCUUUUUCCUCUCUCUCUCUCUCGCUCCGUCUCUCCUGCUUUCUCUGUGCCCCUCCCUCUUGUUAGCUGCUGUCGGGAGCCACCUUUUAAGUGUGGCGUCCUCACAGCGUCACGUCCACACCUACGUGCUAGCGCCCCCUCUUGUUGUUGUCUCCCUUCCCUCCCCCUGCUUAGGUAGUGACUAACCAUGUCCACCAGAGAAACGAACCUUCUCUGCCGGUCCGAGUCAUGGAGAUGCCGAAGCACGCCACCUACCCGGUCUGGGUGCCCGAAUGGCAGGCCGAGCGGGAGUUUCAGCUCAUGACCUUCUGAGGAUCCCACCCUCCAGAGUGGACUGGGGGUAGGAGGGAGGGAAGGAAGGAAGGAGAGAAGGAAGCACAUUUGAAGAGGAAGCAACAAUUUUGGCCGUUUUACAAAUGAGAGCUUUGUUGCUUUGUCCAUUUACACAUGUUUAAAUCUCCAAACACUUUUCCCCAGUUUUUCCUUGUUCGUAAGUCAGUUUGUGUUUGAAGAGAGAGGACGUAUGCCUUAAAGUCAACCUGCUUUGACAGACUUCAGAGAGGAUCAGAUCACAGCAUCUUUUCUCCAAGAUUUUUUUCUAAGGUGGUAUUUUGUGACGGCACUGGCACUGGGACUCGUUCUGGUUAGAAACGCAACAUUUAAAAAAAGCUUUUUCAAGUAACCACAACUCCAGCUCACUGUCUUUUCAUAAUUCAAAUCUGUAGUAAUAAACAGUAAUGCCAUACCUGAAACAGCCACUAGAUGUCGACACAGUACACAUCACUCUUCCUAGUGCUUCCACGAUAAUAACUAUUUGGAAAGUGUCUGUCCCUUUUCAUGUUCAAAGCACAUAGUCCAGAUGAGUUUGAAUCUUUUAUACUUAACGUCAUCCCAUUUCGCUCAAACGUUACAUACAUUAGCGUUAGCCAUUUAGUUUUUUUGUUUUUAAAUUCAGUUACUCUCCAAAACAACCAAUUUGACUUUAGUUUUCAAUUUUGGCAGAUUUACGCUUCUGUUUCCAACCUUUUCGUCAACACAAAGGGCUUUCCAACUCCUUCCAAAUUAGGUUGUGUAAUAUAUCCGAGUCCCGCUGCUUUGCCAAUAGAGAGAGUUUAUUUACGGCAGACUUGUAACGCAGAAACACACAGGACAUAGUGGAGUCUGGCCAAGUAUAGGACGCUUUUGGAAAUGCCCUGGGUCCGAGCCGGUCCCAACCUCAUAGCGUGCAUUCAUUUACCCGUGAGCCAUUGCAGUUACACAGUGUGGAGUCUGGAACCCAAAGGACCCUGUUUACAUCAAACUGCCUUUUGCCAUGUCUGAGAACGCAAGGACUCGAGGUGCCACGUUAUUUUUGUUCUUCCUUUUGAACAAACGUUUCUUUUCACAGUUCUGAUUUGAGCUUUUGUGGUUUGUGGUACGGUACUAAACAUGGAGGUAUAUAGAAUAGGAGAACUCAUGGGUGAUGUUAUGAAGGCCUUCAUAAACUUUAGAGUAGACAGUCAGGGUCAAAGGUCAUGUAAAACAAAUGGACAUGGGUUGCACCGACUUGUAUGAAUGUACUUGAUAUAUAUUUAUGAUUUACUUCAAAUGAUUUCUCUUGUGUUGAUUCAUUCCUUAUUUGUUUGAGUUAUUUGAUUUUUUUACCAUUUAGUUUUGAGAUUAUGAACUGGCAUAAUCGUAUUUUUAAAUCAUGAAGGAUUGAUGAAAACUACAGACCGAUGUAUAGCUUGUAUUGUAUUUUAUUUAUAAUGGUAUAUACGAACAUUACCUAUAAAAACUAUAUGAAAAUUAUGCCUUUUAUUGUUCAGCCUAUAUUUUGUGGGAACUGCAAUGUUUGGCUCAAUCUGUUGAAUAUUUUGAAGUGAAAUUUGUGACUUGCUUUGUAUGGUGUCUGUAUAGAAGCUAAAAUGAGUCCUUAUGAAAUAAAAUGUUGGAAAAAAACUGAAAAA